CCGAGUUAAGCUCAUGCAGGACUAUGGAUGCGUCUCAAUCGGAGGUCGGGAGUGUAUGGGACUUAUCAAACCGGAAAAUACCAACAAGGCAGUCCACUUGAGCCAUUCGACGAUGGAUACUUGGGCAACUGCAUUGUUCAAACGCAAAGCUGGAGUUACCGAGAUGACUCCACCCAAGCUACCUGAAUUCUGAUUUCUCUGUAUACUAGAUCAACCUCAUCGAUGUUCAAUUGCCACUGCCGAUACCAUUCAAUCUACUUCGGGUACCAUUCAAUCUACUUUGCAAAUGCCAGACACUCGUACGGAGUCACCAGUGCCAGGUCCUCUUCCGCCUUUGGAAGAGUUCCUUGAUCGGGCCAAGAUUUCACCAAACAAUGAAAACACCUGUGCCCUUCUCAAGAAGCUCGACAUCAUCGAUUAUGAAGCGUUACUUUCGCCCUCUUUAGAUGUUCCAACCCUUGCUGGGUUGGGAUUUGCUUUUGAAGCUGCAGUACGUUUACACAACCAAGCCCCAUUAUAUCGAGCUGAACUCAAGAAACGCAAGAAUCCCGGCUUCUGGGAUUAAUUCAAUCAAAAAAGAUUGAAAUUUGUAACAAAUUUUAUUGUAGCAAGCACUUGUCAUCCUUGUAGCUUAGCAGAUAUUGUAUUCAUUAUUAACCCCCGUAAAAGACCAACUGUUUGACUGUUACUGCUGAAAUGAAAUCUUAUGUAUGAACCUGUG